AUGUCGGCCUCCUCGUCCCAGGCUCUCGACUACCUCGAGGGCCUGUCCGGCGCCAUCCACAAGCGCCUGUACCAGCAGCCCUCGGCCGUCCUGGCCGUCUUUCGCCGCAUGCUGCCCCACCUGGCGAAAACGAUAGUCAUGGCGAUGCUCUACAUGACCGGUCCGCUCCCAGCCGCGGAGCUCGAGACAUGGAUACGCGAUGAUUCGAACGGAGAAAAGGACAAAGCUAUCUCUGUGCUCGAGAGCCUCCACAUCAUCACCCAAGCGCAAGAGACCAAGGGGCAGCGCGCCUAUCGGCUCGCCAGCGGCUUCCAGAACUCUCUCAGGCAGGCUCUCACCGGCGGAGGCAACCACCGGUCUUUUGGCGUGCCAUGCGUGGAAACGGGCUCGAAGCGCGUUUCGAUAGAAGUGCUCGACGAGUUUGCGAGAGGGCAGUGGGAGGCUAUAUUACACUACAUGGUCGGCAGCACAGGCUCGAUGCUGGGAGGCGGAUCGGAAAUCAGUCCUGCGUCAAAGACGCUGCUGGACCUGGGGCAUUUCAUUGAGUCAAGAGGAGGACGGACGAGCAUUACGCAAGCGGGCUUCUCGUUCUUGCUGCAGGAAGUGAAUGCCCAAGUCUGGAGUCUGCUGAUUGUCUACCUUGAAAAUGCGCAUAAGCUCAAAAUGGACAAUGUCGAUGUUCUAUCCUUCCUCUUCAUGCUAGGCAGUCUCGACCUCGGACAAGACUACAGUACCGACAGUCUGACGGCAACCCAACUCCAAAUGCUCGACGACCUCAACGACUUCGGCAUCGUCUACCGCGCCUCGUCCAGGUCCUCCCGCUUCUACCCCACCCGCCUCGCCACGACCCUGACCUCGGACGCCGCUGCCCUCAACAACACCGACUCCUUCUCCAGCGCCCUCAACAGCACCUCCACCGCGGGCACCAAAGGCUACAUCAUCAUCGAGACCAACUACCGCCUCUACGCCUACACGAGCAGCGAGCUGCAGAUCGCGGUGCUGGGCCUCUUCACCGAGCUCGAGACGCGCUUCCCCAACCUGGUCUCGGGCAAGCUGACCAAGGAAUCCAUCCAGCGCGCCAUCAACCUCGGCAUCACGUCGGACCAGAUCAUCUCCUACCUCGACACGUACGCCCACCCCCAGAUGCAGCGCAAGAACCCCGUCCUGCCGCCCACCGUCGUCGACCAGAUCCGCCUAUGGCAGAUCGAGGGCGACCGCAUGCGCGCCACCGAGGGUUUCCUGUUCAAGGACUUCAAGGACUACGAGGAGUUCCGCGACCUCAAGGAAUACGCCGGCCACAUCGGCGUGCUGAUCUGGAGCAACGACGCGAGGCGUCUCAUGUUCUUGACUCGCGUGGAGCAGAUUUCGCAGUAUAUCAAGAAUCGGCAGAAGAGGGCGUGA